CAUUGAACAAGCGAAAGAGACGGAAGCGGAAGUGUGCAUGCAGCAUGACGGCGUGUUGGCGUGGUCCAUCACGUUUCGUCUUUGCUUCUCUUGGGUCUGGAUGCUUUAGAAAAUUCCCCGUGGCUCUUCUUGCACGCGGACAUUCACGCGGUGUCAAAGUUCUCCUCGGCAACCAGUUUAAACAGGACGUUUGUCCGCGUUCCGCGGCCUUGAGUUUAGUCUCCAGGUUAAGUUUUGUUUCGGACUCCGGCGGAGUCGACAUGUCAUCGUCGGAGAUGUCCCACAGAAUGGUGUGGGUUGACCUGGAGAUGACUGGUCUUGAUAUUGAAAAGGACCAAAUCAUCGAAAUGGCGUGCAUCAUCACAGACUCUGACCUGAACAUUUUGGUGGAGGGGCCCAACCUGAUCAUUAAGCAACCAGAUAAACUCCUGGAUGAGAUGUCAGAUUGGUGCAAGGAGCAUCAUGGGAAGUCAGGGCUGACCCAGGCUGUGCGAGAGAGUAAAAUCAGCCUUCAGCAAGCGGAAUACGAGUUCCUGUCCUUCAUCCGACAGCACACCCCACCCGGACAGUGUCCCCUUGCGGGGAACUCCGUUCAUGCAGACAAGAAGUUCCUGGAGAAGUACAUGCCUCAGUUAAUGCACCACCUUCACUACAGAAUAAUUGAUGUGAGCACCAUCAAGGAGCUCUGCAGACGGUGGUUUCCAGAAGAAUACAAAAUGGUGCCUUAUAAGAAAGCCUCCCACAGAGCUUUAGACGACAUCCAGGAGAGCAUUAAGGAGCUCAAGUUCUACAGAGCCAACAUCUUUAAAGAUUCAACCGAGGAGAAAAAAUGCAAAGUAGUUGAAAAUGGAGAGAACAACAAGCCCUAACACAACAAAGGAAAAAAUAUUUGCAUUUAGCUCUCCGGAAACCUCAGCUAGAGUUUAAAUGUCAAAGGUUUAAUCACACAAAGAUUCUUCAAAAACUUCAUUAAGGCUAAAUUUAUUUUAGAAUAAAGGAUUGAACUUUACAUUUUCCUGUGUCCAGUUCUGUUGAUUUGAAUGGUAAAUGUUUUAAUAUUUAUACAUGGGACUUUUUUUUUUCCUUCAACAUCUGUGGAUGCUCCAUUCAUGAAAAUGCUGGUGUAACUCUGACUUGCAGUAUUCAACAUUUCAACAGACCUGCAGCAGUUUCAAACAAAUGCCUCCUGUGUCCACAUUAAGGCUGAUAAUUGUAAAGAUGUGAAACAUGUUUCCCCUUUUUUGUUUCUAUGCUUUAUAAUGGACAUUGCUUUAUUUAAAAAUAAGAAAAUGUUUGUAUAUUUUUGCUCUAACCUGAGUAGUUGCAACCUGUAGAUGUUUUUGAAUUAUCUGGAUUUCCAAAACAUUUGGUUGUGGUUUGAAUAUUGUUCUUAUUGUCGUGGAAAUGAUUCAAGACACCGCUACAGAAAGUUGUGACGAAAAGCUUUGGUUUGUUUAUGUUGUAUAUUCCUUUCAAAGUUUAAUAAAGCUAAGUUUGAAUAAACUGAA